AAUGCAAGAAUUUGUCGAAUUAAUUUAGGCAGCAUUUUUCGCAAAAGAAAAUAAUUAGCGUAGUUAAGCAGAGUAGUAGCUUGUGAAUUUGAAGCAUUAAUUACCAAAUGAGUUUUUUUAAAAGUGCAGCAAUGCAUUUAUAUCUCCUUAAUUGGAUUCUUAGACUAGAGUAGCAGCAGGAACAUUACUUUAGAGAUGUAUAACUUAUGAGUAAGGAUGGUUAACAAUUGGAUUGGAUGUAAAGCGAAAAAUAAAAGAUGAGUUGCUUUCUCAACUAAUUUCUAGUGAUUAAAAUAUAAAAAAGUCAGCAGCAAGCGUAAUAAUUACAUAUUAAUUAUAUAGUGUUUAUCAGGUAUAUGUGCAAUAGAAUUACCAAGAUAAGAGUGGCCUGAAAUCAUCAGCAUUUUAGUAUCAAAUACUAGACAUGAAUCAAUAGAAGUAAAAAAAGCGGCAACUAUAACUCUUGGUUAUAUUUGUGAAGCCUUGAAAAACUAAAAAUAAUCAAUAGAGAAGUCUGAGAGUGAAAAAGUGUUGUAUGGAAUAUGUAUGGGAUUAUAAGGAGAGAAAGAAAUCAAAUUGAUAUCUAUUAGAGCAUUAAAGGACAGUUUAUAAUUUAUGGAUUAAGUAUUGGCACAAUAAUAGAUCAGAGAUCAUGUGACUAAAUUAUUAGUUGAAUAAGCAAUAUCUCAAGAUUCUGAAAUAAGAUUAGCAGCAUUAGAAUGCUUAAUUGACUACACUAAAGCAAUUUUCGAUUAUUUAGGUAAUAAUUUUAAUAAUAUAUCAAUUUAGAAUAAUAUAUUUUGGGUUUAUGGAAUUGUACAUAAGAAAGUAUUUAUAAAUUUGAUUUUGCAAUUGUGACAAUGGAAAUAUGGUAGAGUAUUGCAUCUGAAAUAAAUGAGAGAUCUGCUGUAAGUAAUAGAACUAAUUUGGGAUUCAGAAAAACAUAAAAGGAUGCAUUACAAUUAAUAUCAUAAUAAUUAAUCUAAGCUGUUCUUUAAAACUUGCUUAUAUCUGAUGAGGAUGAAGAGGAUGAUGAAGAAUAAGGAGUUUAAGAGGCAGCAUAUAAGGCAGCAUCUUCAAUUAGUGAAGCUUUGGGAAAUCUAAGUUAUUAACUUUAUUUAAGAUUUAUAGAAAGUAAUUGAAUUAUUGAUUAUAUAUUUUAGAUACACUUUAAGCACAAGAAUGGUAAAAUAGAAAGGCUUCUUUAUUAGCAUUUUCUUCAAUGGUUGAGACAGCUGAUGUUUUAGAAUUAUUCUAAUUUUCUAAUUCAGCAAUUGGUGAAUUUAUAAAAAAAUUAGCUGAUCCUCAUAAAUAAGUUAGAUAUGCUGCUGGUAGAGUAAUAACAAGAAUUGCUGAAAAUUAUCCAUUAGUUAUUUUGAAGCAUUAAUUUGCUGAUGAAUACAUUAAUUAAUUUUCAUAAUUUUUAUAAGGAAAUACUAAAUUAACAAAAUAUUUAUUAUGGACUCUUGUUAAUAUCACAGAAGCAUUUAGAGAUGAUCCUAUAAAUUAAUUUGGCAAAUAUUAUGAAUUUCUUAUUUCUUAAUUUGCAACUGUUAUAGGUAGAUAAGAUUUUUAGGAUGGAACUUUAUUAGAUAUAGCUUGGGUUGGUAUCAUAAAUUGUUUACAAUGCAUAAAAGAGCCUUAAAAGAUUAAGACAUAUUUAGAAGCUUUUGGUUAAUAAAUGCUUACAGUUUAUUCAUAAACUAGAUGGUAAAAGGAGGCUAAUAUUUCUGGAUUAUUAUCAGCCAUUCACAUUUGUUUCUUAAGAUUAGUAGUAUUGGGUGAUUAAUGUGAUAUCUAAUUGAUGAAUAAUUUCUAUUAACUUAUAGUUGAUUAUUUUAAGAAGAUCUAAACUGUCACAUAAGAUGGUUUUUAUGCAAUUAGUGCUAUUGCUUAAUGUAAAUAUAUCUUUUUAUGUAUUAUAUAGAUAGCAAAAUUAAUUUUAAAUCACUAUUAGAUGAUUUUAUGUAAAAUUAUUUGGAAAUUGGAUUGUAAAAGAAACUAGAAAUUGAAACAUUCAAAGGAGCCAUUUUGUGUUUAGCUGAUAUUGCAAGAUCCCUUCAAUAUAAAGAAUUUAGCAAAUACUUACGAAUUUUAGAAUAUCUAAUUACUUGUGUUAAUGUAAUUGAUUUAACAAUAAACCAAAGGACUAAUAAGUGAACAGAGUGGCCAAGAUAGCUUUGUUUGUUUGCAUAGCUGACAUAGUUUUAAUAGCAGAGCAUGAGGCUGAACUCUACUUUUAACCCAUUUGGCAAUUAGUUAAAAGUGGAUUCAAUGCUUCAAUCUUCUUCACCUAGAAUAAAGAUAUGACACAAUUGGAAUAUUAUGAAAAUCUAAAUGAUGCCUUAUUAAAUUGUUAUUUAUGCAUGUUACAUGCAUUCAACUUAAAUAAGAUACCUUAUAUACCACUCUAUUAAACAAUAUCUGAAUUAUGUAUGUUUAUUUAAGCUACAUCUGAAAAGUCAUUGACACCUACUGUGGUAUUAAUUAUUAUUAAAUAAUUAUAGGAAUAUAUUCGUCUUUGUGUUACUUGUUUACUAGAUUGUGUGUCAUAUUAUAAAUAAGUAAAGGGAUAAGAGAAUAUAUCUUAAAAAAUACUCACCAGUCCUCUUCUCAUCAGCUUAUUGGAAAUGUUAAAAUAAUAUUCAAACUAAUAAGAAAAUCAAUAAUUAAUUAUGUAUGCUAAUGAUUUAUGCAAAUCAUUCCAAUUGCCUUAAUAUUUGAAUUGA